AUGCGCAACAUCUUCACUCUGACGGUCGUGCACUUAAGUGACGAGAUGCCGGAGGUGGUCGUGUUCAACUCGGAGGUCUUCAACGCGCUAUUCGUGUCGUAUUGUAUGCAGAAUUCCCCGUCAUUCGGCACUACGCUGAUGGUGACGGCGGCGCUUUUGACGCAGUUAGCCAUGUCACUUAGAGACGUGAACGAGGCAGUGCAUCGCAUGGAUAAAAUCGGCCGAAAGCUGAUUCACGAA